CUGAGUCCCUUUCCACCUGCCGGCGCGAGCGCAGUGCCAUGGGCGGCCGCCAGCCGGGGGACCGCCGGGCUGAGCCCCGCUGAGCCCACCGGGCCGGCCAUGGGCGACCGCGAGCGCAACAAGAAGCGGCUGCUGGAGCUGCUGCAGGCGGCGGGCACCGGCAACUCUCACUGCGCCGACUGCGGGGCGGCGGAUCCUGACUGGGCCUCCUACAAGCUGGGCAUCUUCAUCUGUCUGAAUUGCUCCGGCGUCCACCGCAACUUCCCAGACAUCAGCAGAGUUAAAUCCGUGAGACUUGACUUCUGGGAUGACAGUACCGUGGAGUUUAUGACCCACAACGGGAACCUCCGUGUGAAGGCCAAGUAUGAAGCCAGAGUCCCUGCUUUCUACUAUAUACCCCAAGCCAACGACUGUCUGGUCUUAAAGGAACAGUGGAUUCGAGCUAAGUAUGAAAGACAGGAAUUCAUGGCCGAUGGGAAAACCAUCUCACCCCCAGGUAACCGAGAAGGGUUCUUGUGGAAGCGGGGAAGAGACAAUGCACAGUUCCUGAGAAGGAAGUUUGUUCUCCUGGCAAGAGAAGGCCUCCUGAAAUACUAUACUAAAGAAGAGGGUAAAGGCCCCAAAGCUGUCAUCAGCAUCAGAGACUUGAAUGCCACCUUUGAAACAGAGAAGAUAGGGAACCCCCACGGGCUGCAGAUCACCUACAGGAGAGAGGGCCACAUCAGGAACCUGUUCGUGUACCACGAAAGUGGGAAGGAGAUAGUGGACUGGUUCAAUGCCCUCCGUGCAGCCCGUCUGCAGUACCUAAAAACGGCCUUUCCUGAGCUCCCAGAGUCUGAGCUCGUGCCCCUCAUCACCAGGAACUACCUCAAACAAGGCUUCAUGGAAAAGACGGGCCCAAAGCAGAGAGAACCUUUCAAGAAAAGGUGGUUUGCCCUGGAUCCCCAGGAGCGGAGGCUGCUCUAUUACAAGAACCCACUGGAUGCCUUUGAACAGGGCCAGGUUUUUCUUGGGAGCAACGAGCAGGGGUAUGAUGUAUAUGAAGACCUGCCCAAGGGUAUCCGAGGGAACCGCUGGAAAGCUGGCCUCACCAUCAUCACCCCUGAGCGGAGGUUCGUCUUCACCUGCCCCAGCGAGAAGGAGCAGCGGGAAUGGCUGGAGAGCUUUCAGGAUGUCCUCUCCCGCCCCCUGACGCCCCUCAACCUCCUCGUAGGACUGCAUUGCCGUGGUUAUCGGCUCAGCUCUGUUCUUGUUCCUCUGGCAGCUGCAUCAACAGAGGGCAGCCACGGCCGCAGGUGACCCAUUAGCUGAGGAGCUGGCCACUGGUCACCCGGAGCUUGUGGUGGGAAGGACAAGUUCUCACCUUGGCCUUGGUUGCCCAGCUGGAGGGCCCCAUAGGCAACAGCCAUCGCUGGCCAUGAACUCUGCCAAGACUGAAGCUUUGGCCUUUACCUGUUGGCUCCCCAGGCCUUCCCACUGCCCAGCCCUGGGGGUCUUGGGGCUCUGGCACAUGUCCUCAAGGCCCAGGACAUCUGAAAUGAAGGCACCGCAAUGGAAAGCCACCCACCGUGUCAUGCAAGUGGCAUUUUUGCUCAAAGAGAAAAAAAGUUUAAUCUGGAUCUAACCAUGAGGUACUAAUCAGACAAAUUCACAUUAGAGACAUUUUCUGAAACAGCUGGCCUGGACUCUUCAAAAGUGUCAGUAUCAUGAAAGAUAAAGUAAUGAGGAAAGGGUUCUAGAUUUAAAAAGACUAAGGAGGCAAGAAAAUGCAAUUCAUGAUUCUUGACUGGAUCCUGGAUUUUUAUGAUUUAUUUUUUUAAAGAUUUUUAUUUGUAAGUAAUCUCUACACCCAACGUGGGGUUCGAACUUACAACCCCGAGAUCGGGAGUCGCACACUCUCCUGGCUGAGCCAGCCAGGCUCCCCUGGAUCCUGGAUUUUUACAAAGCAGCUAUAAAAGACAUAAUGGAGGUAACUGGGGAAGUUUGAACAUGGAUGUAUACUAGCCAAGAGUGUUGUAAAACUGAUAAUUAUGUUGUAUUUGUGUAGAUUGUUCUUGUUCUUCAGGGAUACGUGCUGAAGUGUUCAGGGGUAAAGUGUAAUAAUUUUUAGUCUACAACUGUCUCUGAAAUGGUUUGGCAAAGAAUAAGUGUAUGUGUACAUGUAUAUAUAGAGUAUCGACAUAUAUAUAUAUAUGUAUAUAUAUAGUGUAUAUACACUAUAUAUAUACAUAU